CGGCACAGCCCAGCCGCGCCGCUGAAGGGCACCGGCGGCGGCGAGGCUUCCCCGCGCUCUGCCGCGGCUGGGGUGCGCCCGCCCCGCAGCAUGGAGGCUGGGAAGCGCAGCUCCUCCGCCGGCAGCCGGGACGAUGGCAGCGCUAACUCCUUCCCGGCCAAGCCGGCGGCCUCGGCGGAGAAAGCCCAGAGCAGCCCCGGCAGCGGCGGCGUGAAGGAGCAUGGCAACUCGGUGUGCUUCAAAGUGGACGGCGGCGGGGGCGAGGAGCCCGUGGUGGGCUUCGAGGAUGCCGAGGGACCCCGGCGGCAGUACGGCUUCAUGCAGCGGCAGUUCACCUCCAUGCUGCAGCCGGGGGUCAACAAAUUCUCCCUCCGCAUGUUCGGCAGCCAGAAGGCGGUGGAGAAGGAGCAGGAAAGGGUUAAAACUGCGGGGUUCUGGAUCAUCCACCCCUACAGCGACUUCAGGUUUUACUGGGACUUAAUCAUGCUCAUAAUGAUGGUUGGAAACCUUGUCAUUAUACCAGUCGGAAUCACAUUCUUCACAGAACAAACAACAACACCAUGGAUUAUUUUCAAUGUGGCAUCAGAUACUGUUUUUCUAUUGGACUUGAUAAUGAAUUUUAGAACUGGGACUGUAAAUGAAGACAGCUCUGAAAUAAUACUGGACCCUAAAAUCAUUAAGAUGAAUUACUUAAAAAGCUGGUUUGUGGUUGACUUCAUCUCAUCAAUACCAGUGGAUUAUAUCUUUCUCAUUGUAGAAAAAGGAAUGGAUUCAGAGGUUUACAAGACAGCAAGAGCGCUUCGUAUUGUGAGAUUUACAAAAAUCCUCAGCCUGUUACGUUUAUUGCGCCUUUCAAGACUGAUAAGAUACAUACACCAGUGGGAAGAGAUUUUCCAUAUGACAUACGAUCUGGCCAGUGCAGUGGUGAGAAUCUUUAAUCUGAUUGGAAUGAUGCUCCUGCUCUGCCACUGGGAUGGUUGUCUACAGUUUUUAGUACCAUUACUUCAGGAUUUCCCACCAGAUUGCUGGGUGUCCCUAAACGGUAUGGUUAACGAUUCCUGGGGAAAGCAGUACUCAUACGCACUCUUCAAAGCCAUGAGCCACAUGCUCUGCAUUGGGUACGGGGCCCGUGCCCCCGUCAGCAUGUCCGACCUCUGGAUAACGAUGCUGAGUAUGAUCGUGGGGGCUACUUGCUAUGCCAUGUUUGUUGGUCAUGCCACUGCCCUCAUCCAGUCCCUGGAUUCAUCACGACGACAAUACCAAGAAAAGUACAAACAAGUGGAACAGUACAUGUCGUUCCACAAGUUACCUGCUGAAAUGCGCCAGAAGAUCCAUGAUUACUAUGAGCAUCGCUACCAAGGCAAGAUCUUUGAUGAAGAAAAUAUUUUGAAUGAGCUCAAUGAUCCUCUCAGGGAGGAGAUUGUCAACUUCAACUGUCGGAAGCUGGUGGCUACAAUGCCUCUUUUUGCUAAUGCAGACCCAAAUUUUGUGACUGCCAUGCUAAGCAAACUGAGAUUUGAGGUGUUCCAACCUGGAGAUUAUAUUAUCCGAGAAGGGGCCGUGGGUAAGAAGAUGUACUUCAUUCAACACGGUGUUGCUGGUGUCAUCACCAAGUCCAACAAGGAGCUGAAGCUGACAGAUGGCUCUUACUUUGGAGAGAUCUGCCUUUUAACCAAGGGCCGUCGAACUGCCAGCGUACGAGCAGACACGUACUGUCGCCUGUACUCCCUGUCCGUGGACAACUUCAACGAGGUCCUGGAAGAGUACCCCAUGAUGAGAAGGGCCUUCGAAACCGUGGCAAUUGACAGACUUGACAGGAUAGGGAAGAAGAACUCGAUCCUGCUGCAGAAGUUCCAGAAGGACCUCAACACAGGCGUCUUCAACAACCAGGAGAAUGAGAUCUUGAAGCAGAUCGUGAAGCACGACAGGGAGAUGGUGCAGACCAUCGCCCCGGUGAGCCUGCAGCAGAUGCCAGCCCUCAACUCCAGCACCUCGGCCUCGGCGUCGCGCGGCAGGACGCAGUCCCCUCCCGUGUACACCAGCAGCAGCCUCUCGCACACCAACCUGCACUCGCCCUCGCCCAGCACGCAGCCGCCACAGCAGGCUGUCAUCCUGUCGCCCUGCUCCUACACCACGGCCGUCUGCAGCCCGCCGGUACAGAGCCCGCUGGCCGGCCGAACUUUCCAGUACGCCUCGCCGACUGCCUCUCAGCUCUCCCUCAUGCAGCAGCAGCAGCAGCAGCAGCCGCAGCAGCCGCAGCAGCCGCCGGGAGCCGCGCAGAAGAACGAGGUGCACAAGAGCACCCAGGCCCUCCACAACACCAACCUGACGCGGGAGGUGCGGCCGCUGUCCGCCUCGCAGCCCUCCUUGCCCCACGAGAUCUCCACCCUGAUCGCCAGGCCUCACCCCACCGUGGGGGAGUCCCUCGCCUCCCUCCCGCAGCCCGCCCCGGGCCCCGGCGUGCCCCCGGCCGGCCGGGCCACCGUGCCCCAGCGGGUCUCGCUGUUCCGGCAGAUGUCCUCGGGAGCCAUCCCGCCGAACCGCGGGGCCGCGCCGCCCGCCGCCCCGCUGCAAAGGGAUUCUUCCACAGUCUUAAGCACAGAGCCCGAGGGAGACAAACCGCGGUUCGCCUCAAACUUAUGAUCCCUGGUGACUGUGAGCAAUAGACUUGCAACAAACCGAGCACCAUCCCCCGAACUGUUUUAGCCUGUUUCCUAAUG